AUGAAUCUUUCAUAUUUACUAAAUAUCAGAAAGAAAUUAACUAGAAAUCUGAAAAAAGUAAAUAAAUAUUAGAAGAAAUAAAUAAAUAAAUUUACAAAGAAAGAUUAAUCAAUCGAUGAUAAAUAUUUUUAGAAAGAUACCAAAAACGUAAUAAUUUUUCUAAAAGAAGUUUAAGGAAUAAAUCCUUUAGAAUAUCAGGCCAUAAUAUAAUUUCUGUUGUAAGCAAAUAAAUUGUACAAAUUAGAUUUUUUAAAAAUAAAAACAUUAAUCACCAAAAAAUAUAUUAUUAUUACAAACAAACAUAAAUAAAUAAAUCAAUAAAUAAAUAAAGAGUAAUUAUAAAGAAUCAUGAGCGUAAAGAAGCCAUUCAUUAGCGAUAAGUCUCCCAUCAUGAGCGUUUUCUGCAGUUAAGAAUUCAAUUAGCUUUCUGACAAAGAAAAGGAAUAUUCCUAUAAUUUCAGCAAGGCUUCAUGGGAAGGAGCAAAAAUUUGCUAUUUCUAAAAAUCAUACGAAGCUCCUGCUCUUUUCACAAUUCUCUAGUUGACUCAUUCAGGCUAAUCUACUGAAGAACUCAGAAAAUCAGCUGUAGAUGCUGGAGUCACUGAAGAAGAAUUCACCAAAUUUUUAUACUAUUCAGCAGGUGUAUUCAAUAAUUGCGGUAACUUUAAUAGCUUUGGUGAUGACAAGUUCAUUCCUGAACUUUCUCCUGCAUCCUUCUAAAAAAUCUUAUCCUCAUCUCACAAUUACAAGCAAUACAAGGAAUUAAUAGACUCUCUUUAUGCAGAUAUUCAACCUUUCAUUUUUGGUCACGAAGGUCGUCUCAGCAAGAUUGGUUAUCCUCCUGUCGAAGGUAGCACUGGUUACUACUCAGGCAAUUUGACUAAGGAAGAAAUUGAAAAAUUAGACGACUUCUUGAAAGUUUUAAAUGUUGAUACUUUGAACACUCGUUUAGUUAAGUUUGGAGAUAAACAUUACGGCGUCCUAGUUGCCUCUGUAAAUAGAAGUAAAACCACUCACUACUAUCUUGGUGAAAAAAUAGAUCUUAUUUAUGGUGAUUACUCUCCUUUAUUAAGAAGAGUUUCUUAUCAUCUAGAAUAGGCUAUCCCAUUCUCUGCAAACAAAAAUUAAGAAAAAAUGCUUAUCCACUAUGUAAACCAUUUCAACAAUGGUGACAUUGAAGUACACAAAGACUCUCAAAGAGUUUGGGUUAAAGAUCAAGGCCCUAUCAUUGAAACUAAUAUCGGCUUCAUUGAAACAUAUCUUGAUCCUCGCCAAGUAAGAGCUGAAUUUGAAGGUUUUGUUGCAGUCGUUGAUAAAGAAAGAUCAGUUAAGACUAACUAUUUCGUUUCUAAGGCUCCUGAAUUCUUAAAGAAGAUGCCUUGGCCCUCUGAUUUUGAAAAGGAUUCUUUCCUUAAGCCAGAUUUUACUUGUUUGAGUGUCCUCAGUUUUGGUAGCUCAGGCACUCCUUUGGGUAUUAACAUCCCUAACUAUGAUGAUAUUAGACAAGAAGAAGGCUUUAAGAAUGUUUAUUUAGGAAACUGUAUCACAAGCCCUAAAGAACUCCUUUUCUUGGAUAAGGAAGAUAUUGAGCUUAAAAUUAAACAUUUCCCAGCAGUUAUUUACCACAAGGUUAUUUUCCACGAACUUCUUGGUCAUGGUUGUGGUAAGCUUUUCUAUGAAGGCAAUUACGAUGCUGAAAAUAUCGUUAAUCCUUUGACAAAUGAAAAGGGUAUCAAGAAGUGUUAUAAGCCAAAUGAUACUUGGGGUUCUGUUUUCAAAAAUCUUUCAAACCCUUACGAAGAAUGCAGAGCUGACUCAGUUGCCCUUUACUUCUCAACUUUCAAGGAGGCUUAUGAAGUCCUUUAACCUGAAUAAGUUCAACAUUGGGAAGAAAUCUCCAUUGCUUGUUUCCUAGAAUUCGUUUACCAAGCUUUGAUUGGUUUAUAAUUCUACAAUGCAGAUGACAAGAAAUGGGGACAAGCUCACAUUAAUGGCAGAUGGGUUAUUUUAUAGGUUUUGCUUGAAGCUGGUAAUGGAUUCGUUGAAAUUGAAAAGGCCAAACAUCCUGAAGAUGCUAACAAAGACUGGAUUAAGGUUAAGGUUGAUAGAAGCCAAGUACUUACAACCGGUAAGGAAGCUAUGAGAAAGUUUUUACUUAAGAUGUAAGUCUAUAAAUCUACUGCUGAUAUCGAAGCUGCCACUGAAAUGUUCGGCAACUACUCUAAAGUCAAUGAAAAGUUCCUUGAAAUUCGUAAAAUUGUUAUUGACAACAAAAAGCCAAGAAGAAUUGAGUUAUAAGGAAACGUCUUUAAGGACUUCCAAGGAAGUAUUAGCUACAAAACAUACCCUGAAACAAUCGAAGGUGUCAUUCAAAGCUAUGUUGAACGUUUCCCCUAUUUUGAUAAGGAAGUUGUUGAUUUAUGGAAUGAAUAUAGAAGAGUUCAAAAACCUUCACUUUGA